CUACACCAAAUCACGAUUUUUAGAUUGGAAGGAGUUGUUUUUAAAUAUUGUAUUUAUUAUAAACUGUGUUUCUAUGCAACAAUAACAACAAUCUAUUAAUAUGACCGCAAAUCGUGUUGUGAAUGACCCAUUAGCUGUAAUUUACAACGAAAAUCAAUGGCGUUUAAAUAGAGUGUCGCCUUUACACAAUUUAAAGUACAACGAAGUAAAACUGAAACAAUAUGCCACAAAAAUAAAACAAACUCUUGUUAGUUCUAUUUGUGCAAACUCUGCCAUUAAGUUUAAAGUUUUAUUUGAAAAUUUGCCCUCGCUCAAAUACUCUGAAGAAGACUCAAACGGUUUAAUGAUAACAGUGUCAACCCAGGAUGUAUCAAAGACAAAGGAUGUUUACUCAGCAAUAUUAUUAUCUUGGGGGAUGAGCAUAGUAAUAAGUGAUGCUAUACAUUUACCAUAUCUACUGGAACGCGGGGAGCAGAAAGUUGGUCAAGCUGUGAAGAAUUCAUUGCAAAAUAUAUUUGACUGCAACAUAAAACAAUACAAUUUUACACAGCAUCAACUUCUACAAUUUGGUUUUAAUUUUGUUGAAAAUGACACAUCAAGAAGCACGGAUCCUUUUACAUUGGGUUACAAAACACCACAGAUCGAUUUUAAGGAUAAAAUGUCUCUAACAUUUGAAGUUGGUGAUGUGCAUGUUAUAUGGAAUGGAAUAAAAGAUGAGGUUAACAAAGAAUCAGAAUUAGUCCCGUUGGCAUAUCAGAUCUUGCAAAAUCAAAUUUAUUAUAUGGUGACAUUAGAUAUUACCGUGUUUGACCUUUGUGAAGUGAUUCUCCCCAAAGCUGAAGUGAAAAACAAUGGAAUUGUCAAGAUGAAGACACCUGAAAUAAUAAAUGCAGUUUUCACAGUAUUGAACACAAUUACAGAAAAUUUUAUACCAUAAGUUACCAAAAUAAUAAAAUUAAAAACAAAUAUACAUUUUCAACAUUUA